ACUUUCUCCACAAUACAUCAACUCGUUAUAAAUGUAACUUAGAAAUCUGUUUUAUUUUUUCUUUGUUUACUUUCCCUUGUGGUAAUGCUUGGUGUUUGUCUUGCGCACGUCCCACUUUAAAAAGACAAGGCAACGUCGCCCAACAACCCAAACCUGUUAUGUAACUCAGGAACACCGCGCUCAUCCCCAGCCGGUCUGCGUGCUCUCUCUCUCUCUCUCUCUCGUCACGACUCGACUCGUUCCCUGCGCCCCGAUCCCCAUCCACUCGCAACCAGGACCCCUCACCGCUUCCUCUCCCGUCCUCCACCUCCUACCAGCAGUAUAUACCUCACCCGCUCUCCCUCUCCCUCCCCCACGUCUCAUCGCUGAGUCCGACGCCAACUGCGACUCAGUGUUUGUCUGCUAGCGGGGAGUGCGGUGGUGUUGUUGUCGCCUCUGCAGGUGUUGCUUAGAAUCUGCCCACCCUUGCUACACAGCAAGUUUAGUGACGUUUGAUGGAAGAUUCUACAAGAAAAAAGAAAAAUUCGCUUAAAAAAAGACUCGUUUAUAUAUGAUAAUACAGCAGUCUUGGAGUGAUAAGUAAUGGAAAGUGUGCCAUACUGAGAGAGAGAGAGAGAGAGAGAGAGAGAGAGGUUGUGUAAGUAGUGUCACAGGUGUUGAUGCAGUGACUGCCGGAAUGUGCUGCCUCUGGAUAGUAAUAAGCUCCGUCAGAAAUUUAAAAACUGCUACAGGUAUGAUAGAGUAAAUUUCAAGGAAGAAAUCUGCCACAUAUAAAGGGAAAGUGACAGCUGUUGCUGCUUAAUGAUAUCAGUUAGGUAGGUAAAUAGUUAUGUGGAGGCUGACGGCAUAGAAAUAGAAUCAGUAUGUGUACGAGUAGUUAAGCGCCUGUGCCAAUUCUAUAUUUAACUAAGAAUUUAUGUUUUGUAUAUGGAUUCCUGCCUAAAAAUGGUUAGCAACUCUUACACACAUAUAGUACGUACCAGAUGCAUCCCCUAUAGCAUAACCGUUGUCUGAUUUUAUAUGAAUUAGCCAGGCACCGUAGCGUGGUGGGGAAUGAGCAGGUGUGAUGGUCGUGUCGUGGGGUACACCGUGUGCAUGAUAACGCUACAUUGAGAGAUCAAGGCUGGUGGAGCAACGACGUGCAGGAGUAUACUCCAGACCUGCAUUGCUGUGCAGCACUAUAUUUAUCCGUUCACUAGAUUCUGCCCAUUGAUAUGUGUGUACGGUUAGAUAAAAAUUAGAUAGAAGGCUGGUGAGACCAAACUACACUCGGUGUGUUUUAUGAGAGAGAGAGAGAGAGAGAGAGAGAGAGAGAGAGAGAGAGAGAGAUUCCUCAGGCAAAAACCUGCAAAUCUCUGAGCUUCCUAAUGAUGAAUAACGCCAAAGAAAGAGACAUAAUGAGUGAUCGGCGAGUGUUUGAGUCCUUAUGCAUGGAGCCUGGGAACGGAGGCUACAGCUAUGACACCGCGCUGCUGGUCGACGUUGAUCGCGCCGUCGAUUUUGAUGAAGCCGUCAUUCGUCUGACCACCAAGUGCAACUCCAUCAUCAUUCAGCUCAAUACGCUGGGUCAUCCCGUCACCGAGUUCUCCAUAGCAUCCGCCAAGGUGGACGUGGUUUCCUCGCCAAGUCGGACGAAAGGUGCCAGGAGUGGGCUUACAGAAGACACGUGCCACUUCAGACCGGCCAGCCAAGUCAGUACCCCCGAGGGACGAAAUCUGAAGGCUAUGGAGGAGCUGUGGUUCGGCCUGAAGAGGAAGAAUUACUCAGGGAUGGUGGCAGUGGCGCGCCUGACACGCUCCUCCAUUCCCAGAAAUGGUUGUGGGGCGCGCUACUCUGUCCAAGCACUGAAGGAGGCGUUGCUGAGUCACAUUCAGGCGUACUUCAUGUUCCAGGCUUAUAACCCAAUGUUUCAGCCUUGGAGCAUAUCAAGUAAAGACAAGGAGGACGAUGUACAUGCCGAGUACCUGCUGUUUCUGGUGUAUCGCAUCCAGCCCGCCACUAGUCCGUCCCCCACCACAACGGGGAAGCGGCCGAACAGGCGGCUCAGCGAGCUGGAGAAACUGGAAACAUGCUGGCCCUUUGCAGCCACCCCACCGAAGAGGAAGCGGCAGUUGUCGAGUGGAAGCAGUGUGAGCAGCAGUAGUAGUGUUAGCAGCAGCAGCCCUAGCGGUGGCGCAACACAGCUCUUCUCUCCUACCACCUGCGCUCCUUUGUCCCCUCCCAGGAGCUCAGCAGUCCCGUCCUGUCCCGUCUUCUCCAGUGAUGCAAGCAAAGAACAUGACAACUAUGGUCUGGCGUGGAACGAGUGGCCGGUGUCUGACAAGAGAGGCUCGCCGCGGAGCAGUGCGAAGGGCAUGUCGCUGCUGGUGGCUGGUCCUCAGAUGGUCCUCAGACACAGGAGAUCUGCCACCAACCCGGAGCCUCAAAGGCAGGUGUUUGACAAGAGCAUCGAACAACACGGUCCUAUAGCAUAUUACUUAUCAGGGAGUCGUGGACCAUACCUAAGCGAGAAACGUUAAGUGUUCCAUCAACAUGAGGAUCGCAUAGAGAGUGGUGCCUCCUUGCCUAUUAGAUGUGCAUAAGCAGUUCUCAGGUACUUGAUGAUGGGUGAAAUAUAGCGACAGCGAAGAGUUCGUAGCCCUGCUGGAGAUACGAGACAGCCCUACUUCUACAUAGCACCAAACAGUGUUCAGCAAAGGAUCCAACCCCCAGCUUUCAAGACAAUAAGUAUAUGGACCGAAAUUCUCUAGAUAUUGAAAGUUUUACUUCCAUUAUGCUAGAAGUUGUUAUGUAUCAUAAUUUAAAGGAAUCCUGGUGGCAGUGUGAUCAAAUAACUCUACUUUCAUCAAUCAGCAUUUUAAUGACAAAACAUCAGCAGGAUAUCAAGUGGCAUAUCUCGCCAAUUAUCUGUUAAUAACUUUGUUAUUAACCCAUAAUCCAUCCUUUAUGGUGUGCAUUUGUUCAAUUUCCUAUAGGCAGAUGUAUUUGAAGUAUUAGAAAAAUGUAUUUUUCAAGUUUUUGGAAGUAUGAUCUCAGUACAAACAAUUUCUUUGUCUGUGAUUUCCAGAAAGCAACUUGAUGCAUCCUGGUAAAAUCCGUGUUCAUAUCAGGGUAUGUCUUAUGCGGUAGUAUAGUAAAAAGAUGUUCUAACGUGUAUACGCAUACUAUUUACUGACAUUACCUUUAUGUAAACUUUAUCACAAGAUUCUGGCAUAAUUCCUUUCUCUGUUCAUAUGCGUUGUAGGGACGGAGAGCUGCAGUAUCUAUCUACCUUAACUGUACAUUUUUAUACGAAUUAUGGUUUGGUGUAUUAUAAUGGUUGAUAAGGUGCCUUAAAGUCUCUCUUAAAUCUUAAUUUUCAACGGUAAUCCACUAAUCUUUACUAAUUUUUUGUAAUAUAAAAAUGUUUUGAAAUCGUUGCACACGUACGAUUUUAAGUGAUGAGCAAAUGAAUAAACUACUUUAAUUGUGAA